AUGUUGUCCUUCGAGGGUGGAUAUCAGAAAUUUGUUGAGCAGGGCUUCAACGAUGCUUAUCUCCCGGUAUGGCUUCAGGAUGCUGGAUACAGCACUUUCUACACAGGGAAGCUUUUCAAUCAUCACACUGUAGACAAUUGGAACUCUCCCCAUCCAGCUGGAUGGACUUCAUCUGAUUUCCUCCUGGAUCCAUUCACAUAUCAAUAUUACAACUCGACAUUUCAAAGGAAUGAGCAUCCCCCUGUAAGUCACGAGGGCGAAUACUCAACAGACGUUCUCGCUCAAAAGGCAUAUGGAUUGCUCGAUGAAGGGGUACAAUCCGGAAAGCCAUUCUUUUUAGUCGCAGCGCCAAUUGCUCCUCAUUCAAAUGUUGGUCCCGAUGCAUUUAAACCAGGAGAAGGAAUUCUAAUGACCACUCCUCUUCCUGCCGAGAGACACAAACAUUUAUUUCCUAGUGCAAAGGUUCCCAGAAAUGCAAAUUUCAAUCCAGAUAAGCCUAGCGGGGCAUCAUGGGUAAAACAUCUAGAUCAGCUCACGGAUGAAGCUAUCGCAUACAAUGAUGAGUUCUACCGGGCUCGUCUUCAAACCCUUCAAGCAGUAGAUGAACUUAUCGAAGGUCUAUUUCAUCGACUAACUGAUUAUGGAAUACUCGAUAACACAUAUUUCAUCUUUUCUACUGACAAUGGCUAUCACAUCUCUCAACACCGUCUUGCUCCAGGAAAAGAGUGUGGAUUUGAGGAAGAUAUCAACAUUCCUCUUGUCAUCCGUGGCCCCGGAGUUCCACAAGGAGAAGAAACAAGUAUUGUGACCGCACAUACCGACCUUGCUCCAACUAUCCUCAAAAUUGCCAAUGGCGACUGGAAAAGGCAAGAUCUUGAUGGUAGCGUAAUUCCUCUCGAUUCCCAAGGACUCAAAGAUGCCGAGGCAACUAGACAAGAACACGUGAACGUCGAGUUUUGGGGAAAAGCACUCCCUGAAGGGAUCCGCAAAUUUUCACUCGAUGAUGGGAAAGUGGUCCAUUAUAGUGUGAAUAAUACCUAUAAAGCUCUACGCAUAAUUAGCGACGCCCAUAAUCUCUACUACUCAGUCUGGUGUACCAAUGAACACGAGCUUUACGAUCUGACCACCGAUCCUCAUCAAAUUAACAACAUAUAUCCAUCCUCAUCGACUACCACAAACCCCUCUACCCAAAGCAAGCUCAAUCUUGACAAACUAAUCCCCCGCCUCGAUGCUCUUCUCAUGGUUACAAAAUCAUGCAAGGGUCAUACGUGUGUACAACCUUGGUCUGUAUUGCAUCCAGCUGGUAAUGUAAGAACACUAGACGAUGCUUUAUCACCUCGCUUCGACAAAUUUUACACGGAAGACAUGGCGGAAAGAGUAGUUAAAUAUGACAAGUGUGAGUUGGGAUAUAUCCUAGAGAGUGAAGGGCCUCAGGAAGUGAUUGCUUUUGAGGAGGAUGAAACGAAGUGGGAAUUGUGA